GCGAGGGAGAGAGGGAUGGAGGAGCAGGAGGGGCAGGGCGUCGGCAAGAGCCUUGGACCGACCGACUGACCGACCUACCGGACAAUUGAGAUCACCGGUGUGGAAGUUACGCUGGAGAGAGAUAGGAGCUGCAGCAGCGUGGAGGAGGAAGCAUGGCAUGACGCACGAGAAUUCAUGCGCACUAUUACUGCUGGGAGUUUGGGCUAGACUCUGCCGCUGGGCCGGACGAACGGGUCGGAGGGGUGAGGUGUGUGUGUGUGUGGCCGGCGGGGAUGGCGUGUCGGGGAUCGGACCUGCAACGCCGGGCAGACCGAGGCGAGACGCGAGAAGAGAAAGGCUCUCGAAAGGUGGGUGGGACGGCCGUGACGUUGCGAGUUGUACGAGGUUGACAGGCACGGCGGCGACUGACUGGUCACUCAAUUACAAUAGGCUGCUGAUGUCCGACCCCGGGCCGGGACUUUAGGGUACGAAUUGCGGGUGCCGGGGACUUGGUGCGUAACGUGUGAGUCCGAGGUGUCGUGAAUAGAUUGCAACGGAUGUGCAAGAAGCGAGGCAUCAGGAGCCAGCUAUGGUCUACUCCACGGCACCCGGCCGGUUUUGCUGUCUCGCUUGAGGUCUAGGUGGUUGUUGAUCAUGGGUUAGGAACAGUCAGACCUGUUGCGAAGCUUGCAUUGUGAUGAUACGUAGUGUCGUUUAGGAUGAUCGAUCGUGUGUGGCCGAUUGUGCAUUCAUAGAUGGUUGAUUGUCGACGACAGCAGCAGCAGAGGAAACAUGCUGGGUUUCCUUUCGCUUUGCCUCGCGCAGGUUUCCGAAGAUGGUAAUUAAAUUUUUUAGGGGCGGGCGUUGACAGUUUGUGUGGUUGCUGAGAGUCGAUUAGGAGUUAAAGAACCAGCAGGGUCCAAGGAGGUUAUGGGGGCGCAAACCUGCAGCAGGCAAGGGUUGGCAGAAGUCGACAUCAUUGUGGACAUUAGUUGCGGUAUUAACAAAGUACGGUGUGACGUCAAAAAUGGUCGUUUCGGGUGACGACGACGCGGAGCAUUCGUCGAGGAUGUGUUCAUCGAACGAUGCGGCAGAUAGCAAUGAUGCAAAGAGUCUUGACGUUAAUACGGGUGUGUCGGACCAUCAAGACAAAGACGAGGUUAUGGUGGAUGCGCAUGGCAAAGGAGAAGAACUAUCGCCGAACGUCGAGGCACAUGUCCCGAAUGGAAACGUAUCCAAGAAAAUGGCAGUGCCGGAAUCGGAUGAAGCCCAAGGGCGAAAUGCUCAGCCAGCGAAAGACCCUGGUGAGAUUAGUGACAGUGGCUUGGCACAGGACACAGACCGGUCCGUGAAGAACGGCAGGUCUCGAAAGAGGAAGUCCAAGACUAUCCAUUACAUGAAUUCUAGGGUACCACAUGCCGUUCCUGCAUUGGAGAGUGAGGAAGGCUCCGAUGGUCCAGAGAGUCCCGAAGAAGGAGACGAUGUUCUUGUGCGUCCUAGUCAGGCCUCGCGUGUAGCUGCCACCAAGCUGAAGUCUAUGGUCCCAAUUGGAGACAAGUUGCUGAAGGCACCAAGAAACGCGAAGGAGCUGAUGGCAACCAAGCUUAUGGAGGGGCAUUUUGUGCGCUGCUCUUGUCGUGGCAUGCAACUCACAGGAAUGCUGAAAGACAUGGGUGUGCAGUGCAACUGCCGGAAUUGUAAGGGUUCGAUGAUAGUUUCUAUUUCGGCGUUUGAGGCACAUUCAGGAAGUACUUCUCAUCACCCAAGCGACAACAUUUACCUAGAGAAUGGGAAGAAUCUUCGGGACGUUCUGAGCGCUGGCCAAGAAGCAGCAGAUUGUGGAGACAACAUACUAAGAGCUUUAAAGAUGGCCAUAGGAGAUAUUCAAGGUGUUGAAAAGAGCAAGGUUACUUGCGCAGAGUGCGGGGGUUCAGAAGAGGGUGACCUAAUCUAUUGCAAAGGAGCAAGAUGCUCUGUAGUCUCACAUUCUCGAUGUGUUGGAAGUGCGAACCCACAACUUGGCGACUGGUUUUGUGGCAAGUGUGAGAAAACGAAAAAGCGUCAUGCUGCAGCGAAAGUAAAGCGCUCCAUCUCUGCUGGAACUGAGGAUUCCGAAGUGAGGGACAAAGCCACAACAGCGUCGGCCAGAUUGAACCGAGAUGCGCAUUUGCGCAAAGCUCUUUUCUUGCCUGGUGGAUUGGUGGAUGGUACAGAACUUGGCUAUUAUACAAAAUCCCAGCUGAAACUGAAAGGUGUGAAACGAGGUGAAGGUAUAUGCUGCAGUUGCUGUAACAAAGAGAUAAGCUGCUAUGAGUUCGAACAACAUGCUGGUUGUGAGGCUCGUCGAAACCCGUAUGGGAACAUCUUGUUGGUCGCGGAUGGCCGUUCCCUGAAAGACGUUAGCAAAGAGUUGGCGGAUAAGAACAAGCUGGGUGAGAAAGAAAAGCGUGAUGCACGUGCUGGAGAGGUGUGUUGCUAUGAAUGUAGCAAUAGCGGUGAACUGAAGCGUUGCCACAGUUGUGAGGAAGCAUGGUGCGACAAAUGUACCAAAGGAAUGGAGACAGAUUCCGAGGGCAGGUGGUAUUGUCGAAUGUGCCGACAGGACAGUCUCAAGGUGGCACAAAAUGGACACAAGGGAACUGACAAGAUUAUAGAGGGAAUGUCCAACAUUGCAGAAACAGACGAGAAAGGUCGUUGCGUACGCCAUUUGGAAGGACCUAGAGAGGUUGGGGGUUGUGCAAUCUGCAAGAAAUGGAAUCUGAGCAAGACAGGUUUCGUUGAUGGCAUGACGAUUCUAGUUUGUGAUCAAUGUGGACGAGAAUAUCAUGUUAGCUGUUUAAAAGAUUCAGGCGUAGACGACCUUAACGAGCUGCCAGAGGGAGAAUGGUUCUGUCAGAAGGAUUGCAAGGUCAUAGAUGAAAUUCUGACACAAUUAGUAGCGAACGGGCCGGAGCUACUGUCCAACAGCAUAAUAAGUGAGUUGUUGGAGAGUCGGCAGCAGCAGAGCAGUGUGAAGGUGAAAUUGGAGUCCAGUAAUCCGAGGUUCGGAUGGCAAAUUCUGUGCGGCGAGGGUGGUAGCUCUGCCAAUGUUCAGACUCUCGCCGAAGCUGCGAAUAUUUUUACAGAAUGUUCGGAUCCAAUCAGGGAUGCAAAAACUGGAAAGAAUUUGAUCCCUCUCAUGGUUCAGAGUCGAAGGGCAAAAGAUCACGAUUUCGAAGGUGUUUUCUGCGUCGUUCUUAAGCUCAAUGAGAAGGUAGUUUCAGCAGCUCUACUGCAAAUCUUUGGUCGGGAAAUUGCGGAAGUUCCUUUGAUAGCUACUAGCCUUCCACACCAGGGCCAGGGUUUCUGCAAAGCUCUGAUGACAACAAUUGAGAGGCUUCUCGGGGUGCUGAGUGUGGAACGGUUGGUUCUCCCUACGGCCAAAAAUACAGAAUCUAUUUGGAUCAACAAGUUUGGAUUCAGCCGAGUGCCAGAGGACCAGUUGAAAAGAAUUUGCACGACUAUACGUUUGAUGACGUUUACGGGCACGCGUAUGCUGGGGAAAGCGAUCACUCCAAUGACACUGUAAGGGGCAAUGGGCAAUUAUGUCAACUGCAGAAGUAAAAAAGCACAUAUUUUCUUAGACGCCCUCAAAUUUCCUCUUGCUGCACAGAAAUAGGAUUCAACGACAGAGUCGUGAUGGUUGUGUCUGCAUAAUAUGUGAUGGUGCUCUGACUAUGGAUGCACUAUCCAGAGGACUGCCGGCUCACCCAGUUUUGGGCACUGUUUUGAGGAGGUUUUUCUGCAACUUUCAAUGGACAGUUCGAAAAUAUGUUCAUACAACCUGCUUCAGGCUCAAGUAAAGCACUUCUAAGUGGUUUGUAAAGAGCUCAAUGUUCGCCACUUGUGCAAAUUGGUUGACUCGCGAGUACUUUCAGAUGAAGUCAGGAUUUAGGGAUACUCUCUAUACGGGCUCAUUCUUGUGAUCCUAAAUACAGAUGACAUGAUAAAUUUUGGAACUUUGAUGUAUAAUGGGACCAGAACAUGCGGUAUUAUGUUCGUUUGGGAUCCUUAGCUUCAGCUAUUGUUUGGA